GCAGCUGCUACAGCCUGCCUCCAGCCGGCUGCAACGAAAACCCGGAGCAGCUGCGUGCGCUCGUGGACAGCCCUCCUAGAGGCGAAGCCGGGCAGCUGGGCAUGCUCAGUAGCUGGGGGAGGUUUGGGUGGAGAGUAGAAAGCUUUGGCUCUGCCUCCCACCGCCUCCCUCUAGCCCCCGCCUCCCUUGCCCCUACCCAGCCCGUAGUAGUUCCCCAGCGUGCGCCCGGGGAGACCGGGAACAUGGCGCUCGGAGCGAUGUAGCAGCGGAGAAGGGGAUGAGGCACCGCCGCUUCGCUGACAGCCAGACACCAGAAAUACACUGUGGUGAAAUGCUUCCACCUCUUGCCAAAAUGAACACUGAGGAAAAAUGAAGAAGACUGAAGAACACCAACGAAAACUUGCCGAACAGAAAUAGCCACCCUCCUCUGGAGUCUUUAAUUCAUCCGCAGCCAUCAUAAAAAGGUUUUUUCAUCAUGUUUGGGAAGAAAAAGAAAAAGAUUGAAAUAUCUGGCCCAUCCAACUUUGAACACAGGGUUCACACUGGGUUUGAUCCACAAGAACAGAAGUUCACUGGCCUUCCCCAGCAGUGGCACAGCCUGUUAGCGGAUACAGCCAACAGGCCGAAGCCCAUGGUGGACCCUUCAUGCAUCACACCCAUACAACUGGCUCCCAUGAAGACAAUCGUUAGAGGAAACAAACCCUGCAAGGAAACGUCCAUCAACGGCCUGUUGGAGGAUUUCGACAACAUCUCUGUGACCCGCUCCAACUCCCUAAGGAAGGAAAGCCCCCCAACCCCAGAUCAGGGAGCCUCCAGCCAUGGGCCUGGCCAUGGGGAAGAAAACGGCUUCAUCACCUUCUCACAGUAUUCCAGCGAAUCUGACACUACUGCUGACUACACGGCCGAGAAGUUCAGAGAAAAGAGUCUCUAUGGAGAUGAUUUGGAUCUGUAUUAUAAAGGCAGCCACGCGACCAAGCAAAAUGGGCACUUUGUGAAAAUGAAACAUGGCGAGGCCUACUAUUCUGAGAUGAAGCCUUUGAAGUCCGAUCUUUCCAGGUUUCCUGUCGAUUAUCACACUCACUUGGACUCGCUGAGCAAACCAGGUGAAUAUGGCGACCUCAAGUGGGGGUAUCAGAGAGCCUCAAGUAGCUCCCCUCUGGAUUACCCAUUCCAAUUCACGCCUUCUAGAACUGCAGGGACCAGCGGGUGCUCCAAGGAGAGUCUGGCAUACAGCGAAAGCGAAUGGGGACCCAGCCUGGAUGACUAUGACAGGAGGCCAAAGUCAUCAUAUCUGAAUCAGAUGAGCCCACAGCCGGCCAUGCGCCAGAGGUCCAGGUCAGGCUCGGGGCUCCAGGAACCAAUGAUGCCAUUCGGAGCAAGUGCAUUUAAAACCCAUCCCCAAGGACACUCGUACAACUCCUACACCUAUCCUCGCUUGUCCGAGCCCACAAUGUGCAUUCCAAAGGUGGAUUACGAUCGAGCACAGAUGGUCCUCAGCCCUCCACUGUCAGGGUCCGACACCUACCCCAGGGGCCCUGCCAAACUACCUCAAAGUCAAAGCAAAGUGGGCUAUUCCUCAAGCAGCCACCAGUAUCCGUCUGGGUACCACAAAGCCACCCUGUACCAGCACCCCUCCCUGCAGAGCAGCUCUCAGUACAUCUCCACGGCGUCUUACCUGAGCUCGCUCAGCAUCUCUUCCAGCACCUACCCCCCACCCAGCUGGGGCUCCUCCUCGGACCAGCAGCCCUCCAGGGUGUCCCACGAACAGUUCCGGGCGGCCCUGCAGCUGGUGGUCAGCCCGGGAGACCCCAGGGAAUACUUGGACAACUUUAUCAAAAUCGGGGAAGGGUCUACUGGCAUCGUGUGCAUCGCGACCGAGAAACACACAGGGAAGCAAGUCGCGGUGAAGAAAAUGGACCUCCGGAAGCAACAAAGACGAGAAUUGCUUUUCAACGAGGUUGUGAUAAUGCGGGAUUACCACCAUGACAACGUGGUUGACAUGUACAACAGCUACCUUGUUGGCGAUGAGCUCUGGGUGGUGAUGGAGUUUCUAGAAGGUGGUGCCUUGACAGACAUUGUUACUCACACCAGAAUGAAUGAAGAACAGAUAGCCACCGUCUGUCUGUCGGUUCUGAGAGCUCUCUCCUACCUUCACAACCAAGGUGUGAUUCACCGGGACAUCAAGAGUGACUCCAUCCUCCUGACAAGUGACGGCCGGAUAAAGUUAUCUGACUUCGGUUUCUGUGCUCAAGUUUCCAAAGAGGUACCGAAGAGGAAAUCACUGGUUGGCACUCCCUACUGGAUGGCACCUGAAGUGAUUUCUAGGCUACCCUAUGGGACAGAGGUGGACAUCUGGUCCCUCGGGAUCAUGGUGAUAGAAAUGAUUGAUGGUGAACCCCCCUACUUUAAUGAGCCUCCCCUCCAGGCGAUGCGGAGGAUCCGGGACAGUUUACCUCCAAGAGUGAAGGACCUACACAAGGUUUCUUCAAUGCUGCGGGGAUUCCUAGACCUGAUGUUGGUGAGGGAGCCCUCUCAAAGAGCCACAGCCCAGGAACUCCUCGGACAUCCAUUCUUAAAACUGGCAGGUCCACCAUCUUGUAUCGUUCCCCUCAUGAGACAAUACAGGCAUCACUGAGCAGAAGAUUUGUGUAGGUGACAAAGCUAGAUGAGGACACGAGACUAAUUCAGGAGAACAUGAGAAAACCACAGAACAUGCAAAAGGCCUGUGCAAUUCUAGACCAGCUGGUGGUGGGACGGUGUGAUGACCAGCAGGGUUCGACAGACCAGGGCAUCUUCUUGUGUCUUAAAUAGGCAUCUCUCCACCGACAGCUGGCGUGGUCAUUUGGAGCACGGCUUUAAUAAGUCAUUGUUAUAUUUUUCAACCCUUCAUCCAGCAAAUCAGAAGGACUCAGUACAAACUCCGUUAUGAUAUAUCCUAGCCACAUGCAGGGUAACACGUAGGAUUUUCUAUAUUGAAAGAAUACUUUUCUGGCAAAAA